UUCUAAAAUCACAGUACCUAACUAGAGUCAAGUCUUUUAUGUAGUAUAUAUACUGGUAUUUUCAGUAUGAUUAUACAAUAACGUAAUGAACCGUGUUGGUUCCGUGUAUGGUGUCUCCAGCAAAGCCAAUAAAAUUAUACCCUUUUCUUCCUGUAAAUUCCAGCUUAACUAUAAAUGAUAAUCCCAUUCACCAGUAAAGUUCUGCACCUCAGUCUCGUCUAUUUCUAUAUUAUCCUCAUUCCCUUCCCCAUUAGUAUCAAUCAUAACAGAUUAAAGGCACAUUUACAGAUUGUAUUUCAGUUUUCAACCCUUCUGCAAUUUUGCAAGUUUUGUUCUUUGUGGGGAGUCAAUAGAGCUGGCUAACUUUUUCUUCAACGGGUAAAGCUCACCAAAUCCUUAUGACCCUUUAUUGAUUUUGUUCUCAAUUUAUGUGUGUUUGGUCUUUUAGGUGCCAGAGAUGACUUUUUUUUUUUUUUAAUCUGUUUUCUUGUGGAAUCUUUUUAUUCUCUGGUUGAAAUUUCGUAUUGGGAUAUUUUAUGGCUUUUAACUGUUUGUCCAGAGUUAAUGGUAUCUUACUUUUGUUUACUUUUCAGCUUUGUUAUCUAUUUUGGUUUUGGGAAUUUUCUUGAUAUGGGUUGUUUACAUCCGGUGAUUUUUGCACAUUUACAGGAUUAGUGUAUUGUGAGGCUUCUACUGAGAAGCUGCAGGUUCCUUAACUCUGGCCUGCCCUCAAUUGAAAUUCUGUGGCUCCUUGGAAUGGGCUAGGGCUGUAGCAACAAAGUCUGGGAUCAAAUCUUCACUCUUUGGAUACAUUUGUUCAUCUUUGGAUUCAGAAGAUUGGACCCUAUCAUUGCUUUCGCAGCUACCUAUUGAUUAUGGCUAAUAUCAACCAAUGUGCUAACUGAGUUUCAAGAAUUGAUUCUAUUCGUGUCUGAUUUGAUUGUUUCUUUUGAGGAUGUAAUUUUUUCUCUUGGUUUACUACAAAGCGAUACUUUCUAGUGGAAAAGGGAAGAGGAUUAGUAGACUAGGUGAAAAGAGGGGAUAGUAGAAAGGAUUUCUUUUGGAUGUUCAUCAGUUUCUGAAGGGAAUUGAUAUUGGAAAUGGCGAAUCGCAGAUAUUUUUGUGGACUUAUUGGGAGCACUAAGAAGGUUAAGGAUGCACGGAAAUCUCCUGAAGCUGCUGAUGGUAGCGGAAAGGGAGCUAAAACUCUCUAUGUCAAACUUGAGACAGCCUCAAAAGCUUCUGAAAACAACGAGAUUUUAUUAACCUCUCUUGUAGUUCCUGUCCAGUUCCCCAUCUCUGGAGCACCGAUUUGUAAGGUCAAGGUAAUGAAUCAUGAGAGUCCCGUUGGAAGAGAUGCUGAAGAGGUAGCUUACGAGGGGGAGGAUGAGCAUGAUGAAAGUUUGUCAAUAAAACAAGAUAACUCUGAGUUUGACCUUCAAAUUUUUCCUCUACCUUCAAAUGAAGAGAAGAAUGAUGGACCUUUUGGCAAAGAAAUAGACCUUUGCAACACUCCCAAAGAUGAUCUGAGCAACCAGAGUGAGAGAAACAUUGAAAGAGAUGCAGAGCUGAGUAUGGAUAUGGCUAAAAGUGGGCACCUAAGUGAUCCAGGAAUUCUAAGUGAUCCAGGAAUCGGAAAAGCUACCAUCUGGGGUUCGCCAAAGCUGAUACGCUCUUGCUCUGAUUUGGGAAGGAGUAAUAUGCAUGAAAAAAUGGCUGCACAGUUGCCUGCUGCAAAGUCAUUUGAAGAAUUGCAAAAGUUAGCCGAGAAAUUGGAUGAAGAAGUUCUUCCUGUUAAUCAUGGAAGUCCACUGUCCGUGAGAACCGGCUAUAGUGCUGACAAAGUGAUAUUGAAGAAGCAUUCAUCGAGUCAAAUACUUCCCUCUAGAAGUCGAAAAUUGUGGUGGAAAUUGUUCCUCUGGAGCCACAGAAAUCUUCACAAACAAAUGGAAGAAGGUGUAUCCAGACGGUCCCAAGCAAUGGAAAAGCUUGGCCUGAAUCAGCAAGGAGGAUACUCUUCAGACACUCUUGAACCAAGACAACCUGUAGAGUCAAGCAUAGUUGGAUCACCUGCUUCACUUUGUGACCAGCAAUUGAAACAUAGCAACUGUGACAAUGACAACCAGAGUUGGGAUGGUUUCCAUGGAGUCUCUGGUUGGUGGCCGCAGAAUCAAUGGGUUGCUUUUCCUGGGGAAUCCUCCUCGACUCCAAGAGGUGAUGAAUUGCCACAGAAUCAAUGGUUUAAUAUCCCCCAGGAAUCCUCGACAUCCUUGUCAAGAGUUGAUGAGUGGGUGAAAGAACUUUCAAUCCAACCGUCAUUCCAGGUGGAGGAAGAUAAUCAAACUGACAAUAAUAUGAACUUAGUACUCUCCUCCGAAGUUGAGGCCUCAUCAAGCUCGUCCCGGUUUAUUCAGCCUCCAGCACGGAAUCUUCCAGAGGAGAUUUCUCAUGCCAACAAUGUCAUACGUUCUCUCAACUCUUCUUCAACAGUUGCUCAUAUUGUGGGUAUUGGACUCAAAGUUGUUCCCCACCUUUCAAGCUUCUCUGGUCUUCGAUCGGUUAACUUGUCUGGCAACUCAAUAGCUCAUGUGACUCCAGGAUUGUUUCCAAAGGGUCUCCAUGCUCUUAAUCUAUCCAAGAACAAGAUCAGUGCUAUAGAGGGCCUUAGAGAAUUAACGCGACUGCGCAUAUUGGAUUUAAGUUACAACCGAAUCACCAGAAUUGGACAAGGUACGCACCAUUCCUUUUGCCAGAGUACUCUAACCUGAUACCGAUAAUCAAUCACCCAAAAGAUAAUGGUAGCUUUACUUAAAUUGCUAUAACAUAUUGAAAUGACUAUGGUUUGAUAUGACACCAGGCUUGUCAAAUUGUACGCUCAUCAAGGAGCUGUAUCUUGCUGGAAACAAGAUUAGUGAUGUGGAGGGACUCCACAGGCUCUUGAAACUGACGGUUCUGGACUUGAGCUUCAACAGGAUAACAACAACUAAAGCACUUGGCCAGCUCGUGGCAAAUUAUGGCUCCCUACUAGCUUUAAAUCUGCUGGGAAAUCCGAUUCAGAGCAACAUUGGCGAUGACCAGUUGCGCAAGACUAUGUGCAGCAUUCUACCAAAGAUAGCUUUUCUCAACAAGCAACCUGUCAAUGCUCAAAAGGCAAGAGAAGUAAGCAAAGAGGCCAUCGCUAAAGUUGCACUCGGAAACAACAGCCGGAGCACACAUAGGAGAGCAGCAAGGAAAGCUUCUCAAGGGGUUUCAUCCUCUUCAAGUGUACACAGAAACGGUGCAAGUGUUACUCAUAAGAGCAGACAGAAGUCAAGAGGGCGUGUCCAUUCAUCCACAAAGGCCAAGUGAUUGCUCGAUCAUCAAUAUCAUCCGUAUUACCAUUUUUCAACUUACUUUUAAAGUGCAGUUACCAUAGGAAUUCAAGGUUUUCUUUUCUGUUUUCAUUCGAGUUGAACAGCUUACCUGGCUGAUUUUGUCCAGGCAUUUUGCUUAUACGUUGUGGAUUGAGUUCAUUAAAGGCCAUUGAGGCGUGAAAUGUAUCCCAUUUUCGUUAACACAAUACAACGGUUGGAACGAAACUGGAAAGAUCAAUGAAAUCCGCAGGACAUAUAUACAGUGCAUAUGUCUGUUUCUUUUUUCUCUCAUAUCAUACAGUGGAUUAUAUAUCUUAUAAUCUUGUUAGUUCAAGUAUGCUUAAUACGGUAUACAGCUAUGUUUUGCUCAACCUAACUUUCUACUGACAACUCCACAACUCAGUCCCUCCCUUUACGGCAUUGGACAUUAUGAUUCAAGGCUUUUCUUUUUUAUUCUAUUUUUUUAAAGAAAAAAAAAAAUUUGGUAUGCAUUCAAAGUCAACUCUGUUUCAUGAAUUUUGUGGAGAGGGUGUUUUACUUGCAUGGAAGAUUGAUGGAUCUCUAUUGUGGUGUCUGUUUUUUCUUCUUCCUUGUCAUUAAUUAGGGUUUCACAGCAGUACAGACCAGGGGUGUCUUUAAUUAAUGAAUCAGGCUAUGUUUGGACAGAAAGAUCGAUACUUCCUAUCAUAUAAAACUACUACUACUAGGGUUAGCAGACCAAAGGUUAUUUCAUUAGCAGCCUGACACCACAGCCGUUGUCCAUUUCAGGGAUUGAUUGUGCAGACAAUGGUAAGUCCUGGAGGAAUAUUAGAAUCAGUUUCCAAACGUUUAUAAAAAUUCGCUGGGAAGAGAGCGUUUCCAACGCCGGGGAAAUUACAGUCAGAAAGCCGUUAUCCUUGGUUGGUCUAUUCAAGUCCCCAAGUUUUGGCGGGAAGAUGUACGCCUCCUCCACCACUUGUCUUAUGGAAUUGGUGCAGAUUGAUAUCAAUGACAACAAUCAUUGUGAGAUGACAGUACUAAUGCCGGAAAAUCGAGCUGAAUAUCUAGGUUCCCGAUCCAAACCUAGUCUUGAGGAGGUACGUAGCACUAGAUCUUCCUUGGUGUCAUUGGCUGGUUCCCAACUUUGUUUAAUCUUAAUACACCCCAGUUGGUUGAAUAAAUCUGGAGAACUUGCAUUUAUAUCCAUUUUCGUCUUCGAUUUCUCUGUGAAUUCCUGGAUACCAUUGACAAGCUUCAAUGGAGGCACAGUUUUUUUGUGCAACACCCAUUCCCUUUACAGCCCUGGCGGCACACCCAGCCCGAAUAAUGAAUGGAGUUACAUAUAUUUCAACUUUGAUAUUGAGAAAGAUCAAACCUUGUUCUCAUACAGAGUUGAGGAUGAAAGAGUGACAUUACAUUGUCUAGCGAGUUUACAGGAACCAUGGGUUUCUAAUUGGACUAUGCCUGCUCUGCCACUGCCUCCUGUUGAUGAUGAUGAUGAUGAUGAGAAUAACAGCAUUGUAACACCAUACCUUUCUUAUCAACUUGUACACGAUUACAGUAGUAUGGUACUGCAACUUCUUAGUCACAAUAAACAAAAGAAUUGGUGGAGCGAUAGAAGAAGAAUUGACAAGAAGUUGGAGGCAGUGGAGAAUGAAUUUUCGGAAUCUGUUUCUACCUUCUUCUUCCAUAUGUGAUCUGCCACCAGAGCUACUUGGUUUGAUUGCGGGAAAUCUGUCUUUCAUUGAUUACAUGCAUUUCCGUUUUGUCAAUAAACACUAUUGGGAUGAGGUAGAAUCCCUUCCCACCCUCCUUGAUCUACAUAGACAGAGUUAAUGGUGUCUUCAAUGUAGUAGAUUCCAAGCUUAACCACAAAACUGUCCAUCAAAAUUCCUAAAGAUCCUGGAUGGCUGUGUGAUUCAUUGUUCCAGAUAUGGUUGGCUAUUGUUGCAACGCUGGUCAGGAUACGCAUUCUUUAAUCCGUUUACAAAGCAAGUUAUUUCAGCAGAAAAAGAGCCCAGAACUUGUCAACUACACCUUCAUAAAUAAACCAUCUUCAUCAUCUGGCUGUACAAUCCUGGCAAUAUCCUCAGACAGGUGUCCGGGCACGUCACACUUUGUCAAACGCCCUCGAAAAGAAGAAGGAGAAGCAGAAUGGUGGACAUUUGUGGUGGG